CACGACAGGUCUAAUUAUAUACUGUACCCAGAGAGAGAGAGAGAGAGAGAGAGAGAGAGAGAGAGAGAAAGAGAGAGAGACAGAGGAAGGAGACAGAGAGGGGGAAAAAAAGAUAGAGAUAUAGGAGGGGUCACAGAGGGCGAGAAAAGCUGAAGAGAGAGAGAAAAAGAGAGAAAGUGGGAGUGAGAGAGAGAGAGUCUGAAAGAAAGAAAGUGUCUAUGAUUAACAGCAGAGGGUGACCGAGCUUUCAGGCUAGAGAGGUGAGAGAGAGAGAGACAGAGAUAGAGAGGGAGAGAGUAGAACAGAGAGAGAAAUGCUGUCAGUGAGUAGGACAGGGGAAAAAGAGUAGGUAGAACGAGAGAGAGUGAGAGAGAGAGAGAGAGAGAGAGAGAAGUGUCUAUGAUCAACAGCAGAGGGUGACCAAGCUUUCAUGCUUGAGAGAGAGAGAGAGAGAGAGAGAGAGAGAGAGAGAGAGCGUAAAACAGAGAGAGAGAAAUGCUGUCAGUGAAUAAGCAGGGGAAGGAGAGUAGGUAGAGCGAGAGAUAGAGAAAGAGAGAGAGCGAGAGAGAGAGAGAAUGUAACUGCACACAUUCUGACUUGGAUGUUUCUAUCAGCUUUAUCACUGCUGGACGCUCCAAUGGUCACUCAGAGUGUUUCUGACCACAACCACGCACAGAGAGAGGUGAGACGUUCUGAGUGCAGGGCCGUGUGAGGUGUGGGUUUUGCGUGAUGCUGUUCAGCAGGGAUGCUGUUCGUCUCUCUCCACACCCCUCUUUCUCCCCAGCAGCCCAUGUGACCUAGUGCGGCCCCUCAGGCCUGGGGUUUAGUACCCCAUGAAUCCCAGCCCGGACCGCGGCAAAGAGUGCCUCCCCCCGAAAAAGCGGGAGUCCCGACAGGGUUCGUCUGAACAGCGGCCCCUGGAGGACGACUUUAAACACCCGGCGCCACUCCGAAGCCGGCGACAACAAGUGUCCGAGGGCAGGGAAAGUGGUGGAGAUUCGCGGUUUGAUAAAGAUCUUCUCCCACCCCCUCCACCUCCACCACCCCCACUGCCGCCACUUUCCUUGGGACUGCCAUGGCAGGUUCCCUAUCAAUCCUCCAUCCACCACCCAUUCCUGCCCAGUCAGGCAGGGGAAAGACGUGGGUCAGGAUCACCAUCUUGGAGAGACAGUGGAACCGAACCUCCACCAAUCCCACAUCACUCCCGCUGGCUACGGGGCGACAUCUCUCCUUUGGGUUUGCAGCCACCAAUCUCCGUGCCUACCUUCAAGAGCGCUUAUGCAGUCGAGUCCAGGGAUAUGUGGCCCUAUUUUGGACCCACGAGGCGAGAAUACAGCUCCUCUCUCUUCUCCUCCCAUCAUCUCUUUCCUCAGCCCUCAAUGUACCCCCCUGAUCUUCUCUCAGACAGCAGGCUCAGGUACCCAAGCAGGAGGCCCAAUGGUCUGGACGGCCCAGGAAGUAGGUCCGAAUCAAGCUCAAGGCUAGCUUCCAGUUCAGACUGUGGAAAUGAUGCCCGAUCCAGACUGGGUGGUGGCUCCCAUUCCAAUGGUAGGAAGAGGCAUCAAGAAGAUCUGGCAGGCCGCAGUACAGGAAGAGGUACCCUGUCCCAGGAGGGUCCUAAUGCACAUUCCUUCCUACAAGAGCCUGACAGGGACCCUAGGACUCUGGGAAUGCCCAAACCUCCCAAUCCCCAUGUAUACACCUCCGAUUCACGGACAGGUAAGGCAACAGCUCCUCAUGAACCUUCCAGUGGAAGUGCCUCCCAGACUGGAGCUCAGAUCUACUACUCCCUGGGGUCACUGUACUCCUCUGUUCACCAGAACCCUCAGGCGCUCGCCAAUCUUAGCCCCUCAGGUCCCCCUCCUUCUCCUUUGAGGAACUCCCAACACUCUCCACACUCUCAGCACAACAGCCAUGGGACCGAUCAGGAGCGGGAGCUUUCUCCAGGAUCCUACCGUCCUUCGGUUUCAAUCCUCAGUGGCCCCGACCCACCCCCAAGUGCAGUCCUACCUCAUUUCGCCAAGGGUUCCCUUAUUGAGUUGGCCAGCGGCCGUCUGAAGAGGGUGGAAGAGCUGCGGACAGAGGAUUUUCUGCACAGCGCUGACACCUCACCUGAGUUCCACCUGAGUACCUGCACCAUCCUACUCAUCUCGCCUGGCCCCGCUGACGGCUUCAACCAUCUGCAGGUUCUGCUUGCUGACCGCAACACUCAGGAAUUACUGACCGUUUUAGAGGAGUAUCCAUUCUUCGUGAGGGACCGUGGGUGGUCUUCUUGCAGCCCCCAGCGGAGCGCCCAGCUAUACGGCCUUCCCUGCCGCCAGUUAAGCACGGGCGACAUUUGCCUGGCACUGACCCCGACGCCCACCUCAGCCAGCGCCACCUCAAACCGCGCCCACUCCCGGGCACAACGCGGGCACGACCGCACCACCACAAGGUCGGAGGUCACACAGGUCAGCACACAUGGGGCAGAACGGAUGCCCCCACCCCCCGCACCUCCACCCUCCACCCAGAUCCCUCCUUCUGAUUCGCAGAGCCAGGAGAAGCCACGCCCCCGAAAGAGACGCUGGUCCGCCCCAGAGCUGCAGGCUGGAGACAGGACCUGCCUGGAUUUACCUCAAGGCUGUAAGCGAGUGAGACAGCAGUAAGGCUACGUUCACAUUGCAAGGUUUUAGAGUGGCACAAAUCCGAUUUUUCGCCUAAAAAUGUGAAAGAUCUCAAUUUUUCACACAGAAAUCUGUUCUUGUGAAAUCAGGUAUAAGCCACUUUGUCUGCGUUCACAUUACAUGGUGGCACAAAUCUAAUUUUUGGCCUAAAAAUGUGACGGAUCUGAUUUUUUAUGCAACAAUCUGAUCUAUUGAAAGCAGAUAUGAGUCACUUUGUGUAGGAUCACCUUACAGAGUCUGAAGUGGCACAAAUCUGAUUUUUUGCCUCAGUGUUUUACAUGCUAAUUGCAUCACAGGGUAGAUCACAGAGUCAGUGGUCAGUAAGCAGCCUUCAGGAAAACAAUUGUGUUCCAAAGUCUUAAAAAGCAUCAAAAAAAUGAGCAGAUUAUGAUAUAGGUGAGACUCAUUUAAAACACUAGGUAAGUGAGAGUAUCUAGCUAGCAUUGUAGCUUAUGCUGUUCACAGUUCUGUCAGAUAAGAACAUAAGUGCCGUGGCUUGCAAUGUUGACAUUAAAAUGAACUCUUUGUCCAAAAGAGAACAGAUCGGCUGGUUUUUGUUUAAUAUGCCAUGUUAGUAAUAUGACAGAGCUAAAAUGAGUAAAAGCCAAAUUAGAAAUCUAGCAGAGUCAUCCCUCUGUUUCCAGGGCACUUUAUUUACUUGUUCAAAUUCUAGGAAACUGCUCCAUGUUUGCUAAUUUGCUAGCCUAGCCAAGGCCGAGUGCAUUCCUAUUAAAAUAUCUGGACCCUAACCAAAACCUUAGUAACCAUUUCAUAAAUCUCCUGAUGUUUAAUAGAAAGCGCUGUGUUGUACAGCCCUGAGAACAGAGGUGUGCUACCAAACGAGUUAGCUAGCACACUGAGCUGGAUUAGCAUGUUUGGCUAAAUCUUUAGCGGUAAAUUUAACAUUUUUUAGUUCAACAGCACCUCUACUGCAUUCUAAAAUGACUAAAAAAAUAAAUGUGUAACAUCAAGAAUGAAGUUAUAAAAUUAAUAUCUUUAAUACCCAGAGUACCUCAUAUUUUAAAAGUGAUCAGAUAACGACAGCAAAAUAUAUAGAUAUAAUAUUUAUCUUUUAAUAACCCAUCAUUGGUCCCAAACAUAUAAAAAUACAUGUUUAAUAACAUCAAUCAAUGUUCUUUCAAAGUACAGAUUAUUCCUCAACAGUCUCAGUUAUUGAUUAUUUGUACAAGUCAUCAAUCAACAGCAUGAGUUAUUGAUCAAGAGCAGUGAUUGUCAGUAGUAUAUAUUACAGGUCAAUAGUUUCUGUUAUUGAUUAAUUGUACAAUUUAUUAAUUAACAGCAUACAUUAUCGAUUAAGAGCAUUGAUUAUUGGU